AUGGCCGACCCGACACCAUCGCAGCAGCCGGCCGCGUCGGCAGGUUCCGACUACCCAGCCUCCUCGGUGGCCGGCACGGUCCGCAGCUCUCGGGGCGAUGUGGCCGAGCUCACCUUUGCGCCUCUCGACGAGGCGGCCGCCAUCCGCGCCGUGUCGGAUGCCGGUGCGGGCGCCAACGUCCUCUUCUCCGGCACCACCCGCGACAGUUUUCAAGGCAAGCAAGUGACACGGCUCGAAUACGAGGCCUAUACCUCUCUGGCCCUCAAGACGUUGCGGGGCAUCCUCGAAGCGGCACACACGACCGCACCCUUCUCGGUAUCGUCGCAGCCGCCAUCACCAUCGCCGCCUCCCGCAUCACGCAUCACCAAGGUCUACGUCUCACACCGUCUCGGCAUCGUGCCCGUCGGCGAGACGUCGAUCCUCAUCGCCGUCUCGUCGCCGCACCGCAAGGAGGCCUUUGUCCUCGCAGAGUGGAUUCUCGAAGAGGUCAAGAAGGAGGUCGCAAUAUGGAAGCGCGAGGUGUACGCUGAUGGGCGUCAGAUUGUCGCGCCCGAUGGACAGGGGCCCGCCGCGGUCUGGAAGGCAAACUUCCCGGCAUCGUAG